UAACAUGUUCGAUCUUUGGGGCACAAAAAAUAUUGCAAUUUUAAGUACAGUAUGGUACUUGUGCCCAAAUCCUUAAACUCGUUCUCAAUUCCCCCUGUGAAUCCAAGACUAAUUAAUCGCAGAAAUAAAAUAAAAUGCAAGUCCAAUCCAAACGCAUGAAAGAACACCGAGAGUCCCAGACAGACAACUACGCACCAACAUUAGCCUCUCUUCCCAUCGAUCGAGCUCUCGUAGCUUGGCUGGCCCUCAGAGAGAAAUGGCAGUGGAGAUCCUCGAAUCCUGCAUGGUGACGCCCGGCGAGGCGACGCCCAAGCACGAGCUCUGGCUCUCCAACCUCGACCUCCUCGUGGCCAGGGGGCACACGCCCACCGUCUACUUCUACCGGCCCAGCCCCGGCUCGGCCUUCAUCUCGCCGGACGUCCUUAAGGCCGCCCUGUCCAAGGCGCUCGUUCCCUUCUACCCCCUCGCCGGCCGGCUAGCGCAGGACGGAGCUGGCCGCCCGGAGAUCCGCUGCACUGGCGAUGGCGCUCUCUUCGUCACCGCGCGCGCUGAUGCCACCCUUGACGACCUCGGCGGCUUCGGCCCGUCGGAUGAGCUGCGGAGGAUGCUUGUCCCUUCGGCCGACGGCGGCGACCGCGCCGGCAUCUUGGCCAUGUUCCAGGUGACGUUCUUUAAGUGCGGCGGGGUGUGCGUCGGCGCGGCCAUCCACCACACGGCGGCGGACGGCCUCGCGGCACUCGACUUCGUGAACACGUGGGCCGCCAUCGCGAGGGGCGUCUGCGAGGCCGCGCCUCGCCCGUGGCUCGACCGCACGCUCCUCCGCGCGCGUUCCCCUCCCAUUGCGCUCUUCGACCACUCCGAGUACUCCCGGCGCGGCGGCGGGUCAAAGCAAGAGAAGGUUCCGUUCGAGUCCGCCAUCCUCGCCAUGUCCAAAAACCAGAUCGACGCGCUCAAGGGUGACGGUGGCGGCGGAAAGAAGCUCUCCACGUUCAAGGCCGUGGUCGCCUGCGUGUGGCGGUGCGCGUGCAAGGCUCGCGGCCUCGCCGGAACAGAGGACACCCGGCUGUACAUGACCGCCGACGCCCGCUCCCGCGUCCGCCCGCCGCUCCCGGACGGCUACCUCGGCAACGCCAUCUUCCGAGCGUCGACGGUGGCCAAGGUGGGCGACAUCGUCUCCGAGCCACUCGACGCCGCCGCGAACAGGGUCUCCGGCGCCACCGCUGGGCUGAACGACGAGUACAUCCGGUCGCUGGUGGACCACCUGGACCAGGUGGUGAGCGACGCUGCAGGGCUGCGCAAGGGGGAGUGGGUCAUGCCGGAGACCGACCUGUGGGUCAUAAGCUGGCAGGGGCUGCCGAUCUACGACGCGGACUUCGGGUGGGGCCGGCCUGCUUUCAUGGGCCGGGCGUGCCUCCAGUUCAGCGGCCUCGUGUACCUCGUCCCCGGCCCGGACGGCGACGGCCGGCUCGACGUCGUCGUGGCCAUGGAGCCGAAGAGCCUGGCCAAGUUCAAGGAGCUGUUCUACGAGGAGCUCAAGGUCUAGCACUCUACUGGAGUACUCCACUACUCCUUGUGCACUUGCAACUUCUAGUGGGCGUGAAAGAAGCUGCUUAUUGCUGACGUUGUUGGAGCUGCUAUUUCCGUCAUGUCUAGCGGUGCUUCUAUGCAUCUCAAAAACAGAUUCCUUGGAGCGUAUGUAUUUUGCUGUCAGUGUUUCCUUACACUGUGUUUCUACUGCUGUACACGUACUCCUUGCAUUGCUACUACGUACAAGCGCUGCAUUUGGCAAAGUGCAGUAAUGUUAGUUACCAAUGGCAGUAAAAGAUCGUUCCAAGGCUCCAUAACGUGGAAGCGGAUAU